AUGAAAAAGCUCAACAACCUCCCUCAAGAACUCUUCGACCUCGUCUGCAAGUAUUGCCCGCGCGAAGCCAUCAUCGCGCUUCGGCACACCGAUCGCCAACUUACGGAAACGACUCGAGAGCAAUUUCACAAUGGAUUCAACUCACUCAUCGUGACAUGCUCUAAGGCUGGCCUGGAGCGUCUCGAGAAGCUCACAACCGAUCCCUACUGCUCGAAGCAUGUUUUGUCGAGGGUCAAGAAGGUCACUUUCUCCACACUGACGCCGCAUCGACUCCAAGAGUUGGCCGAGUCGCGAUCCCGUCCACAACCAGACGGAGGAGACAACUAUCUUCGAGCGUAUACUUACGUGCGAAAAACGCUGGUCGAUGGCCUGAACGCACUACCGAACCUGGACACCGUCACUGUUACCGAUCUUCCUUUCUGCGGCAUUGUCGAUCCUCCAGUCCGAUUGUUGAAGAGCGCCGAUUCUAAGAUUCCGUGGAAUGCGCAGGCGCCAUUCGACCCACUGCACACGGCAGUCACUAUGCUUCAGUCCGAAACAUGGGGACGAGUGGAAAUGCUAUGCCUUGCUUUGCAGCGCUCUCCGAUCUCCUCGCCAGGGCCACUGGUGUACGGGCUAGAAGCUGCACUGAGCAUCUUCCACGACCUCAAUGCUCGGAAUACUAUUAAGAUCAACUUGAUCACAAAUUUCUCCGGGAACGGGUUUCCUCUCAUUGAGCAGUUGCGUUAUCUCCGUUUUGCGACUUUUUACGCUCCCAGCAACAAUGUCCUUGAUAAAUACAAGCAGAUGUUCGGCCUCAGCAAUUUGUUCGACAGCAUCAUUUACAAGCAGUGCCAGCUCGACUUGACCUUGGUAGGCGGUCCUCAUACUAUCACGGAUGGUGGACCAACUGGACCUGUCGGUAUUCAUCAGAUGUUUGCUGACGCUCCCACUGCACUCCGGUCGCUCACACUCGAGGGCAUUUCGGAGGACAGACUGUUCAGCACCCUCGUUGGAUUCUUCGUCAAGCGGCCGCGUUUCUCUUACAUCCCGUAUAUUUCUAUCGUCGACACGGGGCUCACAGCCUACCCAUACCAUCUCUUUUCCGAGUACGGCGAGCUGCUCAAGAAUGUCGAGUUCCGUGACUGCUGGGCUGAUCCGAUGCGGUGGUUCCAACUGAUGAACGACAUUUGGAAAUCCCAAUCGAUUCAAGAUCUGAGCAUCGUUGGCUGCCAAGUCGUCGAUCGGUAUGCUCUUGAGAAUGCUCAGAAUGGCAUUAUGGACGUGGAGGUGCCGUUUGAGGAGUUGGGCGAUACGCAUUUGGGGAGCCAUACGGAUAUUCGCAUCGGUUUGAAGCAGCUGGCACUUCGGAUUCGCGACCGUUGGAGCCCACCGGCUUAA